CGCACACACGUGACUUCAAGUGAAGAAGGCGGGAAGAGCAAUCCGGGAGGAUCCCUGAAAGUCACCAGAGCAGAAACAGGAAGCAGUCUGAUGCAGGGCCAAACAGCUCCCCUCAGCGUCCAACGUUAUCAGCUGACCAUUCAUGAACUCCUGUAGGGGUAUGUGAGCAGGGAGCCGUAAUGGCGAAACGUAAAGGGGAGCUCUUGAAUACUCUGGAAAAAUUAAAAGCAGAUGAGUUUAAGAAGUUCAAGUGGUUCCUGGAGGAGGAUGACAUCCUGGAGGGCUUUAAAGGCAUCCCAGUGUUUCAGCUGGAGAAUGCAGAAAGGCAGGACACAGUGGAUCUAAUGAUACAGAAACAUCAGGAUCCUGGAGCUCUGCAGCUGACCAUGAAGGUUUUAGAAAAGAUCAGCAGGAAUGAUCUGAUGCAGAGUUUGCAAAACUCCUGCUCAGGACCAAAUGCAGAUGGUGAUCUGCAGGAGGUUUUAAAUAAAUAUAAGAUCAGUCUGAGAUUGAGAUGUCAACAUGUGACUGAAGGAACUGAUGAAUCAGAGAGUGAAACCCUCCUCAACAAGAUCUACACUGAGCUCUACAUCACAGAGGGAAAGAGUGAAGAUGUUAAUACCCAACAUGAGGUUUGGCAGCUUGAGAAAGCUUCCAAGACAGAGUCCCUCCAUGACACUCCAAUCAAGUGUCACGAGAUCUUUAAAGUCUUACCCAGCCAACAUGAACACAUUAUCAGAGCUGUCCUGACGAACGGCGUUGCUGGCAUUGGAAAAACCUUCUCAGUGCAGAAGUUCACUCUGGACUGGGCAGAGGGCUCGAAAAACCAAGAUGUCAGUCUGAUGAUUCUGCUUUCGUUUAGGGAGCUGAACUUGAUCAAAGAUGAGCAGUACAGUCUCCUCAUGCUGAUCCAUGAAUUCCAUCCAACAUUACAGAAGGUCACAGCAGAGAAGCUCGAUGACUGGAAAGUUUUAUUCAUCUUUGACGGCCUGGAUGAAAGCAGACUUUCACUGGAUUUCAACAACAGGAAGGUCGUGUCUGAUGUCACACAGAAGUCAUCAGUCAACGUAUUGUUGACAAACCUCAUCAAGGGUAAUUUGCUUCCCUCAGCUCUCAUCUGGAUAACUUCUCGACCUGCAGCAGCCAAUCAAAUCCCUCGUACAUGUGUUAACAGGGUAACAGAAGUACGAGGCUUCACUGACGCCCAGAAGGAGGAGUACUUCAGGAGGAGAUUCAGUGAUGAAGAGCUGUCCAGCAGAAUCAUCUCACACAUCAAGACAUCCAGGAGCCUCCACAUCAUGUGUCACAUCCCAGUCUUCUGCUGGAUCACUGCCACAGUUCUGGAGCACAUGUUGACGACAGACCAGAGAGGAGAGCUGCCCAAGACCCUGACUGACAUGUACUCACUCUUCCUGCUGGUUCAGACAAAGAGGAAGAAGCACAAGUAUGAUGAGGGAUAUGGGACAAGGCCACAGGAGCUGACGGAGGCUGACAGGGAAGUUCUUCUGAAUCUGGGGAGGCUGGCGUUUGAACAACUGGAGAAAGGAAACAUCAUGUUCUACCAGAAAGACCUGGAGCAGUGUGGUCUUGAUGUCACAGAGGCCUCAGUGUUAUCAGGAGUUUGUACAGAGAUCUUCAAAAGAGAGAGACUGAUCUUCAAGAAAACAGUCUACUGCUUUGUUCAUCUGAGUGUUCAGGAGUUUCUGGCUGCAGUCUGCAUGUACCACUGUUACACCAACAGCAACAAAGAGGUAUUAGAGGACUUCCUGGGAAAAAAACACAGUGACUCAUCUCUGGAUGGCUUCCUGAUGGGCAUCAUGGAGAAAUCUUUCAACAGUAAAAAUGGCCACCUGGACCUGUUUGUUCGCUUCCUUCAUGGCCUCUGUCUGGAGUCCAACCAGAAUCUCUUAGGAGGCCUGCUGGGUCAGACAGAGAACAGUCCAGAAAUCAUCCAGAGAGCCAUCAACAACCUAAAGGAGAUGAACAUGUACGAGAAGUCUCCUGACAGAAGCAUCAACAUCUUCCACUGUCUGGUGGAGAUGAACGACCAGUCAGUACAUCAGGAGAUCCAAGAAUUCCUGAAGUCAGAGAACAGAUCAGAGGUGGGACUCUCUGUGAUCCACUGCUCAGCUCUUGCCUACAUGCUGCAGAUGUCAGAGGAGGUUCUGGAUGAGUUGGACCCGUCGAAGUACAAAACAUCAGUGGAGGGGCGACUGAGACUGAUCCCAGCUGUGAGGAACUGCAGAAAGGCUCUGUAA